AUGCCAUACGCAACACCAACCCAGCAAUCCCCUGUGCAGCCUUCAUACGGCCGCCCUGGUCACCGCAGAUCUUAUUCUCAUAUAACCCUUCCCUCUCCGCCCACCACUUCUUCACCACCAUCCGCCUCAUUCACUUCAGCGUCGUCUUCAAUGGGAAGCUUACCUAGAAGAAGAAGUACGAGCGCCGGCGCCCAUGCAGGUUCGGGAAUGUUAGCAUCGGGCGCGACACCCUCGAACACCAGCGGAAGCGCGAUUGGGAACAACGCGGACGGAGACAUCAUUCAGAGACCACCUGUGCCUCGCAAAACAACCUUCCAGCUAGGAAGGGACGACGAUGAUUCCUCCUCAGGCGAGGACGAUCGAAGGCGCCGCUCCACGUCUGCCGCGACAAAGGCAAAACAUUCGCGCCAAGGCGAUGAAGACGAUGACGUUCUUCGCAGUCUACCCCCUCUCCGCCUCAAAGCUAAACCUACCUCUUCAUUCGACCAACUCGCUGUCCCCUUUCCACGAUCCUCUCCGCGCUCGUCGCCUCGAACGUCGCCUCUUCAUUCGCCGGUUGGCUCGAAAGACGGGAUCGCCAAUCCUCCUCAUGGCGUUUAUUCCCAGCCAUCCCAACCACAGCAGCACGCCCAUACGCGUAGCACCUCGGAGCAACCUUCUCCUGCCCCGAACAGCCAUGUAUUGCAGACGCACCAGCAUCCACAUCACGCCAUCGUCCGUCCUAUCCCGGUCUCGCGUACCUACUCUUCCCCUAUCCUCCUUUCCAACGGCAAGCCUCUUAGGAGUAGUCUCAAGAGUUCGAGUUCGAGUCCAGCCAUGAACAUUCCUUUUCCUAGUCAGAGUAUUCUUCCAAGCGUGCUCUGGCCUGAUUUGCACAAACGAGUUGAGGAGAUUUCAUCGCCGGCGUCACAUCAAAGGGCAGCGAGCGCACCAACCACACCUCAUCUUGCUUCCUCGACACCAUCCUAUGCAACCUCACCACAAAAUCGGCCGACCGAGUCGUCGGUUUCGCACUCCAUCGCUUCGGAAGGAUUGCUUUCGCCAGACGCACCUCCUUCUCUGACAUCUUCCAUUUCCUCUUUCUCUUCAUCGGCAUCGACAUCAUCCUCUCCAUCGACAUCGCCUCCUCUAUCCCCAUCUCUUCCAUCUCUAUCACCAUCAUUGUCGACGUCUUCCACUCUUUCACACACGCCGAAAAAUGUACAUUUCCCAUCCCAAGACACCGACAUCGCAACCGUAAAAAUUUUCAACCGCUCCGCCAGACCUGCGUCUCUAUCACUUACCGGUAGAGAAAGUGGGAACGAGAGUCAAACGGAGACGGAGACUGAAGGAGAGGGUAGUGGUUCAGGGUAUGGCGGGUUUGGUGUGAAUAGAUGGGGUGGUUGGGGGAGUGGCUGGGGAAGGAGUGGUGGAGGUGGCGCAGGAGGCACGAGCGGAUACCCAUUCCCGAAGGUUGGCCCUGUGAGAAGAAGCCAUAGUCCAUUGAGCAACGGCACUUUCGACGAUGACUCGACGAACAAUGGCACGAGCGCGAAAGAAUACUACGAUGUUGACGAGGACCGUUGCUCGUAUAUACCAAUGCAAGAUGGGAGCAGUGUAGGUGCGGAAGGGGUGGCGGGUAAUGGUCAUCGUGUAGGAGAGGGACAUGUGUAUGUCGAGAGUGUUGGAUUUGUGAGAAGUGUUUCUGAAGAUUCUUCUUCCAAUCCCAGCAUCAUCAAAACCCUGCCCCCGUCGCGUCCCUUGACACUCACCGGUACUAUUCUUGUUCGCAAUCUGGCUUACCGUAAGACGGUUGCCAUCCGAUUCACGAUGGACGAGUGGCACACCACCAACGACGUACUCGCAGUCUACGAAUGCAGUCUGAAGGGACUACCGGAACGGUUCUGGGCGACAAGGGGUAACACGAAGGUUGGUUUACCAUGGGGAUUGGAAGGGGAUUCGGGUAUUGUUGGGACGAGUAGCGGCAAUGGUGAGGGAGGACGACAACGAGAAGUUGGGGAGAAGGGUAAGGAGGGCUGGGAUCGCUUCCGAUUUUCAAUUAGCCUCGAAGACUAUGCGUCUUUGGGCACGUUGGAAGGUCGUACCAUGUGGUUCGUAGCUCGGUAUACGGCCGGUGUGGACUUGUCUGCACCGUCUGCGACAUCAUCGUUCCAGUUGAUGCCAGGAAUCGGUGGCAGUGGCUCGUCCAAAGACCAUUCGAUUCCUCCAGGUCAAGCGCAAGAAUGGUGGGACAACAACGCGAGUCGGAACUACCGGAUCGGCUUCAAGAAAGUCAUUCGCGCACCGGAGACGAGAACGAGGGUUCAGGGGCACUUUGGUGCUACCACACCUAAUGGAAGAGGGAUGUAUACGAGGGGAUUAACCUUCAGCGCGCCUUCUGCCUAUUCGGGCUCAACAUCGUCUCCGCCUCCCAUGGCAGGCUCGAAAUCAUAUCCCGCCCCGCCGCAGAUAUCUUCCUCGGCAUCUUUCCCUGGUUCUGGAUCAGAUUCGUACCCCUUUUCAACACCGACCUCCGUUAUGGCAUCGCCUCCGACACCCCAGGAACUUCAGCAGCGAAAGGAGCAUCAGGCGGCGUUGACGCAGAGCACGCUAGCUCGGCUUAAGAAGCUCAAUUUGAGGAACUACGCCGCACCAGCGACGUAUCAGAAAUUCUCUCCCACUUCAGUGCCUGCCAGCACGACUCCUGUGCAGACGCCACGACCUAGCGACGACCACGUACAUGUUGUACUCCCUGGAGACGACGAAGACCAUGAUCACCAUGCCGAGCUCGAUAAUGAUCGUACACCAACAGUGGGACACGGAGUCCUCCCGCCUACAUGGGGAGACGGAGAGAAAGACCAGUUCGCCAUGGGUAUCAGCAGCGCGAUCAAUCUUCGCGAGCCUCCCGUUCCCGCUAGGAAUGUUGCUUCUAGCAAUGAUAUGGGUGGCUUCGCUGGCGGCCCGAGUCCUAGUAAAUUGGGUACCAGCCCACCGUUCUCUGCGAUGGAAGAUAUGGGCCUGGGCAUGCGUAUUCCUGCGAGUCGCAUCCUCGGAGGCACCAGCACUGGAGAGCACGGCGAAAGUUACUGGCCUUGGAGUUCAUUCGGGGACGUUCCGACGACCACUCGAGGAGAUGAGGGAAAGCCGGGGGAAGAUGAACCUAGUGUCCCUGUUGACGAGAUUCUGAAGAGUAUAAAAGGGCGCAGCACCACAUCCAAUUCGGGAUCGGGCGCUGCAACGGCAUCAGCAUAUGGCUCUACACCUGGGUCUUCGUCCGUCUCUGGACCAAUGGUCCUUCCUCACCGAAAACGCAAGGAGUCGAACGGGGAACACAAAAGGACGUUCAGCAUCGGCACACGCGGUUCUUCGUCCUCAUCCUCAUCGAGUGGGAGCGGGAGCGACUCGAACUCCAAAUCAAAAUCAGACGGCAAUGGGAUCAUACCCCCUGGACCUCACCGGCGCGCAAUGUCUCCUGUAAACACCAACGCCACAUCCACAACUACCCCCUCAUCGAAAUCCAGCGGCAACGGAAACGGCAGCGGACCCGCUAUGUGGGGCCUCCGUCCUGGCUCACCUCGGCCUCUUGUUGGAUCAGGAUACGGCUCUUCGUCGUCCACAUCCUCCUCCCCCUCGAGCUCCUCUCCUGUCAUCGGCCACAGGACGCGCUUUGGCAUGGGCGGAACACGUUCGCCUAUGCGCGUAUCUCCCCUAGCUUCGCCCUCCAUAUCUCCCAACGGUUCCGGAGUAGGUCUUGCAUCGAACGCAGGCAUACCUUUGUCGAACGCGAAUCCCACUCAAAAUGUCGUUUCAGACGCUUCGGGGAGAACAUCUUCUCCUGUCCCAGGACCCACAUCACCCGGCAGCACCACAGACGACGCUGUCUAUCAGGCAUUUGUUCGUCAAUGGUGCUUCGCACAGGCUCCCGGGCCCACAGUCGGGAGUAGCGCCAGCCAUAGCACCGCGGACUCAAAGCCAGACGCAACCAUGCGCGGCAGCGGUGGCUCAGAGAGAGAAUCGCCAGGGCUAGUCGCCUAA